AUGCCUAUCUUUCAAGACCCCGAUAGUCGGCAGUUCUACGAUCUCUGGUCUGAUGACCAGCAAAGGACCCAAAACGAGCGCCGAUACCAUCCCAGCUGGUUAAAUUACCAUGAAACUGAGAGAAAUAUUGGUUCAUCCCAUCACACGGACAAAAAUUAUUACGAGCACCGCUCAAGAAAUCCAAGCCCGGCCGCACGGCUUCAUGCGCAUGAUCGAGAGGAGUUGAUACAUUACAUCAAAACUGCAGAAAGUCCAAAAUGGCCGCAGUACUGCUCGAUAGGAGACUCUGGGGCAGAUCACAACUUGAUACGUACCCCGGAAAAGCCUUCAAGGAUGAACGAACAAUCUUUUGGAAGCGAUAUACCUGAGGAUUUCCCAGACCGCUCCCCAGACCUUGCAUCUCCGGCUGAAAUUGAACGUCCGCGCUCCGCGCUCCAUUCCGGCGACUUUCGAGAGGGUACACCGCAACAGGAGCAGCAGCAACAAAUACCGCAAUCACCAACACCUGACCGGAGUACCAACAUUGGUCUCCCUUUCUUCUCCUCUUCUCCUACCACGCCGUGGUUUGCUCCGUCUUUUCCGUCACGAACGCAGACCGCCCCGCUACAAGCUCUUGAAGCCCAAGUAUCCGAGGCAAACCGCUCACCGGCGCCAUCUCUUGGAUCAUUUUCGUCUAGCUAUGUCCUCAAGACGCCGACUAGCCCUCUGGUUUACCAGGCAAACAAUACCGACUUGGAUUUCUCUCCUCGGACUGACUCCGAGAAUCCAAUAGUUCUAUUCGACAAGGCUAACCGACGACGGACGCUUCCACCAGACACUUUUCGAGACCUACAGGCACAAUCCGGAGCUAAUCACCCGAUAACAUGGGACUCGUUAUCCAAUGGCUCGCGCAACCCCCGCCGGUCGUUGGCUUCGUCAUAUAGUCUUCAACUGGCUUCGUCCGUUCAAGGACAUUCGCCGAGGCCUAGAAGACCAUCACUUUCUUCCGAAGUGUCUUACAGGACUCACGCCCCAAUGGUUGGAUCGUACGAAGAGUCAAUCCUCCGCGGAAGAAUGUCAACCUGUCCGUCGAAACCCUUGGAUUUCACUGCUCAAAUUGGUGUUUUGGGCAAAAGCAAAAGCAAAGCUGGCCUCAAAUGUCCACCACACGUUACCGUUCCGUUUCCAGCUGUUUUUUACAGUUACCCAACCUCCGGAAAUGGACGCACGAUCUCUGAUGACAGCCCUAGCCCGUAUGUUGGGACGAUUGACCUUGAGAACUCGUUACCGAGAGAUACAUCAAGCAAUAAUCGGCGGCGCAGACGCCCCCAGAGCCCUGUGGACAACUUCAACAGUCAUCGCACCGAGGAUGUUAUGCAGACCAAGCACAACGACCAGGAAACUCUACGCAGAAUAGAAAAGAGAAACAGAAGGACAGAGUCCCCCAAAUCUCCUUCUGGUGGCUGUUACCGGAUUCCAGAGCAAGGCCAAUUGCAGGUCAUGAUAAAGAACCCGAACAAGACCGCCGUAAAACUAUUCCUUGUUCCAUAUGACCUGAGUGAUAUGGAACCUGGAACCAAAACGUUCAUUCGACAAAGAAGCUAUUCGGCUGGUCCAAUUCUUGACAUGCCCUUGUCUGCCCGGUCAAAUUACGGCACUGAUCGCCCCGAGGCAUCCUUGUCGAACUCCGACGACCCAAAGGACAAGCCCGUUCUGAGGUAUCUAAUUCAUCUAAAUAUCUGUUGUCCAUCUAGAGGCCGUUAUUAUCUCCACUCCAGUAUCCGUGUUGUAUUCGCCAACCGCGUACCUGAUGGCAAGGAGAAGCUCAGAAACGAAAUUCAGCAUCCCGAACCUCGCUAUUCGCCUUAUAAAUCAUCCCGUGAAUCUAACCCGCUACGGGUAAACUCAAGACUGAGCGCCGACAAAGGACCACGGGGGUCCUCCCCUCGCCCUCCAAACUUCCGCGCAACUGAUGAGCGCCCACCGCACCCUUUCCGACCUAUUCCAUCAAUUCGAAGUGAAAUUGUCCCACUAGGUAGCCCGGCACCGUCUGAAAUGCAGCCUCCUGAAGAGCUUUAUAGCAAACUUAACAAAGGAGAUACGGGAUACGGUGGCUAUCAACUAGGCUCUACUGGAAGUCCCGAAGGAGAAAGUCUGCUAGCCAGAAAGCUUCGCGGCCUUGACGUUCACAAUCCAGUCAGGUUUCCUGAAGGGCGUGGGUUGUAA